AUGGCAGAGAAGCCUGAUAAACCAGUUCCAGCAAGCGCGAACUGCCAGCCAAUUGUAAAAAUAGGGCACUACACACUCGGGACGACCCUAGGAGUAGGUACAUUUGGAAAAGUUAAAAUAGGAGAGCACCAACUAACCAAGCACAAAGUUGCUAUUAAAAUCCUCAACAGACAGAAGAUUAAAUCUCUAGAUGUCGUGGGAAAGAUAAGACGUGAGAUCCAAAACCUCAAGUUGUUCAGACAUCCGCAUAUCAUCAAGCUAUAUCAGGUGAUAUCAACUCCAACUGAUAUAUUUAUGAUUAUGGAAUAUGUUUCUGGAGGAGAACUCUUUGAUUACAUUGUAAAGCGAGGAAAGCUCCAAGAACAUGAAGCACGAAGGUUCUUUCAACAAAUUAUAUCCGGUGUAGAUUAUUGUCACAGGCAUAUGAUUGUACAUAGAGACUUGAAGCCAGAGAAUCUGUUGUUAGAUCACAAUAUGCAUGUGAAAAUAGCAGACUUUGGACUGUCUAACAUGAUGAUGGAUGGAGAGUUUCUGAGGACUUCUUGUGGAUCACCAAACUAUGCAGCGCCUGAGGUAAUAUCAGGCAAAUUGUAUGCAGGUCCUGAAGUGGAUGUAUGGUCUUGUGGUGUUAUUCUCUAUGCACUCUUAUGUGGUACUCUACCAUUUGACGAUGAACACGUCCCAACAUUAUUCAGAAAAAUAAAGUCUGGAAUAUUCCCGAUCCCCGAGUACUUAAACAAAAGUGUUGUUAGUUUAUUGUGUAUGAUGCUCCAAGUGGACCCAAUGAAGAGGGCCACUAUAGAAGAUGUAAAGAAACACGAUUGGUUCCUGAAAGAUCUGCCUGAGUAUCUAUUUCCGUCGCCUGUGGAACAGGAUAGCAGUGUAAUAGACACAGAAGCGAUUGCCGAGGUGUGCGACAAGUUUGGUGUUAAAGAGCAUGAGGUACACAACGCUCUGCUCAGCGGAGAUCCGCACGACCAACUGGCGAUAGCCUAUCAUCUCAUCAUAGACAACAAGAGGAUCGCUGAUGAAGCUGCUAAAGCUGAAAUCAAAGACUUUUAUGUGGCCAGCAACUCUCCGCCCGCUGUCACUGAGACUAACCGUCCUCACCCGGAACGUAUCGCUCCGCUGCGCGACUCCACCGCGCCUCCGCCGCAAGACAAAGCAAGAGGCACCCCUGUCAAACGAGCGAAAUGGCACUUGGGUAUAAGGUCACAGAGCAAACCCAACGACAUAAUGCUGGAAGUGUUCCGCGCUAUGAAAGCCCUUGACUACGAGUGGAAGGUCAUCAACCCGUACCACGUAAGAGUACGAACCUUAAACAAAAUGACCGAGAAAUACGUAAAGAUGUCGCUACAGCUGUACCAAGUGGACUACAAGUCGUACCUGCUGGACUUUAAGUCUUUGUCGGGCGAACGAGAGGAGUCCGACGAGGAGGGCGGGUCGGUGACCCCGGUGCCGCCGCCCCCGCCCCCACCGCCCUCCCCGCACCCCCACGGGCACCACACCAUGGAGUUCUUCGAGAUGUGCGCCGCGCUCAUCAUACAACUGGCCCGGUAA